AUGGAUGGGUAUGAAUUGGGAGAGGGUGUGAAUAUCCACCGUGGAACAUUGCUCCAUGGAUUAUACGAACAAGCCAGGUCUCUGGGCGUCGAUUUGCCAUUUGACUCGGCUAUCACGGAAUAUUGGGAGGACGAUGAUCAAACUGGCGUGAUUAUCGAUGGCGAGCAGCGGAGCGCAGCUGACUGCGUCGUUGGCGCGAAUGGCGUGCAUACUGAGUUCCGGACUUGUUUCAGUGCCAUCUUGCUCGCAGGUGAUCCCGAGAGCAAAUGGGUCUUGGAGGAGGCAGGCAUGCAGGACCGGAUGCGACGCAAGUAUCAGGUGGUGGAGGAUUGCAAGAAGCGCGUGGAAGCUUGA